AUGGACUCUUCUCCAGGCUUUGUGAUUGCAAUACUCUUCAUAUUCGGGGCUGCUGGCAAUACCCAAGUGGAGCAGAGUCCUAAGUCCCUGGUUGUCCUGCAAGGAGAGAACUGCACCUUUCAUUGCAAUUACACUGUGAGCCCUGCUAACAACUUAAGGUGGUACAGACAAGACACAAGCAGAGGUCUUGUGUCCCUGGCAGUCAUGACUAACAGUGAGAACAAAAAGUCAAAUGGAAGAUACUCAGCAAUUCUGGAUGCAAAUGCUAAUAACAGCACCCUGCAUAUCACGGCCGCCCAGCUGGAGGAUACAGCCUUCUACAUCUGUGUGGUCGGUGCACCGUGCUUCACAGGGGUGAGCAGCCAGCAGAAGUUGCAGCAGAACCCGGAAUUCCUCAGUAUCCCAGAAGGAACCAUGGCUUCUCUCAACUGCACUUUCAGUGAUGGCAAUUCUGAUAACUUCAGGUGGUACAGACAGCAGCCUGGGAAAGGCCCUGAGUUGCUCACAUCUAUAUUCUCUAGCGGAGAAAAAGAAGAAGGUAGAUUCACAAUUCAGCUCAACAAAGACAGCAGGCAUGUUUCUCUGCACGUCAGAGUCUCCCAGCCCAGUGAUUCAGCUGUCUAUUUCUGUGCAGUGAGAACACAGUGCUCCCCAGGCACCUAG